AUGAGCUUCAAGUUCUCUCAUACUUUCGAAAACCCUUUCGAUGAUACCACAGAUUCGCUUCAACAUAUCGACAGUAAAAUUACCUGGCAUAUUCGAUUAGAUGUUCUGGACGAGAUCCGGUUCAUUUUAAUAGGAUCACCCCUUCCUAAGUUUGUUCGUCCAGAUGUGAAGUGGGGCAUAAGGGCUAAUGUUACGUGUAACAUUGGAAGCAAGGAGCCCAUAGUUAUUGAAAAUGCUGAUAUUCAUAGCGAAGGAUAUAAUGAAGUUAGUGGGGCUUGCCUCUAUCAACAAUGGAAAGAAGACUUACUUAACAAUACAGAAAUUGUUCAAGAUGGACACAUAACAGUUACAGUGGUUAUUUCUGACAUCAUAAUCAGAGAUAUUCGAAUUUUCGAAAUGGAAGAUAAGAGAUCGCUUAAUGCUGUUGAAGCUGACCUCACCAUACACAUAGGUGAUGAAUAUCUGUAUUGCCACAGUCAGAUGUUAGCUUUGAAUUCCGUAGUCUUCAAAAAGAUAAUUGACGAAAGUGGGGACGGAUUGCACAUUCAUUUAGAGGAUGAAGUGCCUAUUAAUGAGUUUCGCGAGCUGCUUCAUCAUACAUACUACCCAAUUGAAACAAUUGACGAUUACAAUUGGAGAAUUUUACUGUGUUGGGCAACAAAAUUUGAAGUGAUCCAAGUUCUUUACGUUUGCCAGAAUGUCAUGACUUCUCUGGUCAAAUGUUCUUCAACCGAUAAGAAGAUAGACAUCUUCCUUUUUUCCUGGAAGUUUGACGUUGAACCUUUAAAAGCUGAAUGCCUCAAUGAUAUAUUCUCUACUGAUGGAGAGCAUUCGAUUCUUAUGAAGACAAACAUAGUUCAGAACACGGUCUAUCAGGAGAUGGAGGACAAAAGAAAGCUAAACAUGUUAGAAUUCUUGAUUGAUAAGCUAGACUUACGAUGUCAUACUGUUUGA